AUGCGUGUGUUUGAGUUUUUGGGUCUAAUGGCUAUAAUCGGUUGCGCGACAGCACAAACAACGGUGGAUCCUUGUGUAGGGGUUGUUGGUGAAGACUUACUGCCUCACCCGAACGAUUGCACGAAGUACUUCUCCUGUUAUGGCGGCAAAGGCUACGAACAAACCUGUCCUGAUGGCAAGUAUUUCCAUCCAAGGGAAAAAUGGUGCGAUAUUCCUGGCAAUGUGGACUGCGUAACGAACAAUUGCCCUCCUGAUGGUAUUGAAUAUCUACCCGUACCCAACCAGUGUGAUCGAUACAUAAUUUGCGUUGCCGGAGAGGCUUUCGAGGUUAUUUGCAGUGAUGGUUUAUUCUUUGACGAAAAGUUGGGAGAGUGCAAUUUGAAGAAUGAAACUAACUGUAUAGUGAAUCCUUGCAUCCCACCUCCAACGGAUCCGAUUGAUACUCUUCCAAUUCACCCGAAUCCGGGAAAUUGUCAACAGUAUAUAAUUUGCUUGGACGAUGAGCCGAUUAUAAAGGAUUGUGCACCAAAUCUUUUCUUUGAUCCGAAUGAAUCAAAAUGCACAAUAGAAGAUAAUUGCAAUCCGCCUACUACCCCACCAGUGAUGUAUGAACCUGAAAUGGAUAUUUGGUAG